GGCUCCCGGCGGCCUCUGGGCGACGCUGGCCCAGGCCCUCCGCCCUCCGCGUCCCCUCUGCGGCUCCCGGGAUGCAGUGUGGGGAGGCCGCGGGAGGCCUCGGGGCUCACUGUCCCCGUCCUCCAGGGCCCUCCAAGCGGUUCCCGGUGGCGGCGGUGGACGCCAUCCUGAAGGCCGUGCUGGAGGGCUGCCUGCGGGAGCAGUGCUACGAGCCGGGGCUGUGCCGGGAGAUGGCCGCGACCGUCAGCGAGGUGAUCAAAGCUCGGGUGAAGGACCUGGUGGUGCCGAGGUACAAGAUCGUUGUGGUGACGCACAUUGGGCAGCUGAAUGGGCAGGGCAUGCAGAUCGGCAGCAGGUGCCUGUGGGAUCCUGCCACGGAUACGUUUUCAUCCUACGUCUUCAAAAACAGCUCGCUGUUUGCUCUUGCAAAUGUCUAUGCUGUCUAUUUUGAAUAGCAAGGUAGAUGCAUUUAGCAGAGGAGAAAUGAAUUUCAGUCUGAGUCCUCCUGUUGCUGAGAGCAGCAGUGAGGGACCGAGGCAACAAUCACCUGCUUAGAAAUGUGGUUCCCCCAAGCUUUUUGGUGGUGAGUGCCAUCAUUGUAUUCCCCAUGGCUUUCCCUGGUUAGUGAUUUUCUGUAGGAUGCCAUUUUGCACCUGAUUCUAACUGCUUUUGGCACUGGGUGUUCCUGUAACAUUUGUUCUCCCUGAAUUUACUGUGAGUACGUGAUCCCUCAAGAAAUGACCGAGUGAUUUUUGGAAGGCAAAACAAACACGUUUGGAACCAAUCCACACUUUGGGGCAGCUCAGCCCCGGCCCCAUGCACACACUGCCCUGCUCAUGCAGGGUCCCGUCGCGUGGCCAUGCAGAAGGCAGAAAGUUUUUCUUAGAGAUGAGUGACUGUCCCAUUGUUUUCCAAAUCAAGUGGUAAAUGCCCUUAAAUUCAUCAUGUUCAGAGUAUAUCGAUCUGACAUUCCUGGCCCCUUUUAUUUAAGAUGCUUCAAUCUAGCAGGAAAAAAAAGUGAAAUUGUGUUUCUCAGCUGCUACCUCCCUAUAGAUAAUGGGGGAAAUGCAUCUCUAUCAGCUCAGAAAUGUGCUUGGAAGCAUAUUUCUCAUCUGUCCCGUUGCAAAUUGACUGCCCACUGGGCAGGACGCCAGGUCAAUGGGAAAUAAAUCGUGACUCCUCCUGCGCGUUUUGAGGGCAGACAGAGGGGUCACUGUCUUAUCUGCUGCAGCAAUCCCUGUGCUGUGGUGCCCUGCACAGAGCUAUGUGCUCAGCAUUGCUCUCAUUUUGGUACCAGCAGACACUUGUUGCUACCCCUGUCUCACAGGUGAUAACCCAGGUCCAAAAGCUGCUCUUGGAUUUUUGUAGAACGCACAUAGUAGAUAGCUAUGUUACUGCUUUUUAUGUGCAAAGACAGGAGUUAGAUGGGAGGAGAUGUUUGUACUCAUAUCGAAAAAUGCAGUGCUAAAACACUGUAAUACUUUGUAGAAUCCCAGCAAACCCACCUGCAGCUGCACUGCAGCUCCUAACACUCACCCUCUGCGUACUUUAAAGAAUAAAGGUACAACUAAAGAACA